AUGUACAGACAAGUCCAGGUACACAGAGACGAUCAGGAUCUUCAACUGAUCCUGUGGAGAAAACCGCCAAAUAUUUUAGUUGAAACGUAUAGUCUUACUACUGUUGCUUACGGUUUGUUUUCUGCUCCUUUUCUUGCAUUUCGUUGCAUUCAACAACUCGCCAAUGAUGAGGGUGAAAAUUAUCCAAAAGCAGCAGAAGUUGUACAUCGAGGGACUUACGUGGACAACGUAAUCACAGGUGCAGAUAACUUCGAGGAGGCAAUUUCUUUACAGAAUCAAUUGCAUCAACGUUUCACAGCGGGCGGCUUUCCAUUUCGCAAAUGGAUGUCAAGUGAUUCUGAUCUACUAGAAAAAAUUCCACAUGAACUUCGAGCAUCGUCUCAGCUUCUAACCAUGGAAUUCAAGCAAUCGUUUUAUAUGCUGGGCCUUUCUUGGAAUCCUCAACAAGGUGUAAUAACUUUCGAAGUCCAUUUACCAGCCUGUCUAAAUGUCAUCACAAAACGUACAGUUUUGAGUCAGAUAGAUCAGCUGUUUGAUCCGCUGGAAUGUUAG